AUGGUAUUCUAUAGUGCUGACGGAUCUGUGCUAUCGAAAAAAUCCAUAGUUAGGAGGAACAGGAAAAGUAACAACAAUUCCACAAAUGUGUUAGAGUGUUCUGAAGAAAACUCUAGCAGAAGUGAUUUCAGAAAAUUUAUGUUUUCAAGGUUUGCUAAAGUGUUUCUCCUUGGUUCCCUAUAUUUGUUUUUGGAAAAUGGAAUAAUAUAUGAAGAUAAUAUAGUUUCACGGGGACAUUGGGGUAAUAUUAACGCAAGGAAAUUGACAGAAGCCAAUCUUAGAGGGGAGCAGGGGGAAAAUAAUGAAUAUAUGGGCAAAAAUUAUGAUCCACAGGAUAUGGAAAAUGUAGAACAAGGAAAUUAUGGUACUGGUAAUAAAGAUGGUCCUAUGGACUUGUAUAAAGGAGAUUCAACAAAUAUGUGGGGUGCCGGAGGCAACAGAUCUGUAGGUUUAGAUGAACAAAACUGGGAUACAUAUUAUAAGAGCAGUUAUGGAAAUUUCCCUCCAUCGGCUCAUAGUGCACCGGACGCAAAUAGCACGGAUGCCUUAAAGAAUAGAUCGUUAAGAUAUGGUGAUAGCAGUAUGCAGGAUAGUAUGAUAGAAGGUGUACCGUCGUCCUUGGAUAAUAAUCCUGAUGAAAGUGUUUUUAACAGUAGACCGCAUAUGGGAGAUAACCAAGCUGAUAGUACUGUUACUGCUGGAUUACCUGGAAGCGUUAGCAUGAGUGGGGAUGCUUCCCCAUCUGAAGGAGCUACAAAAGGUACUCAAGGUGAAGAGGUGGAUGAUGAUAAAUAUGCUGUUUUCGACAGAUUAUAUAAGGAGUACCUAGCAAGUACAAAAGGAGAAGCUGGAUUAGCAGGUGCAGGAACAUCUGGUGAUGCUGUAUUGGGUACUGAGUUGGAUGUUGAAUCGGACGAUGAGUUGGGCAGAGGUCUAGGUGGAAGGUUAGAUGGAAGAUUAGAUAGAGGAUUGGACAGUAGAUUAGACGAUGGAUUAGCCGGUGCAUUAGGAGGUAGGUUGGACAAUAGACCAGAAGAUGGAUUAGCCGGUGCAUUAGGAGGUAGAUUGGACAAUAAACCAGAAGAUGGAUUAGCCGGUGCAUUAGGAGGUAGAUUGGACAAUAAACCAGAAGAUGGAUUAGCCGGUGCAUUAGGAGGUAGGUUGGACAAUAGACCAGAAGAUGGAUUAGGCGGUGCAUUAGGAGGAAGAUUGGACAAUAGAUCAGAAGGUGGAUUAGGCGUCGGGUUAGGAGGUAGGUUGGAAAUUGAAUCGGACGAUGGAUUAGGCGGCGGGUUGGGAGGUAGGUUGGAAAUUGAAUCAGACGAUGGAUUAGGCGGUGCAUUAGGAGGUAGGUUGGACAAUAGAUCAGAAGAUGGAUUAGGCAGUGGAGUAGGAGGUAGAUUGGAAAUUGAAUCAGACGAUGGGUUAGGCAGAGGGCUAGGUGGAAGAUUAGAUGGAAAGUUAGAUAAAGGAUUGGACAAUAGAUCAGAAGAUGGAUUAGGCAGAGGUCUAGGUGGAAGAUUAGAUGGAAGAUUAGAUAGAGGAUUGGACAGUAGAUUAGACGAUGGAUUAGGCAGAGGUCUAGGUGGAAGAUUAGAUGGAAGAUUGGAUAGAGGAUUGGACAGUAGAUUAGACGAUGGAUUAGGCAGAGGUCUAGGUGGAAGAUUAGAUGGAAGAUUAGAUAGAGGAUUAGACAGUAGAUUAGACGAUGGAUUAGGCAGAGGGUUAGGUGGAAGAUUAGAUGGAAAAUUAGAUAGAGGAUUAGACAGUAGAUUAAACGAUGGGUUAAGCAGAGGGUUAGGUGGAAGAUUAGGUGCUAAUAUGGGUGCUGGAAGUGAAAACAUCUUCAACAGACCAUAUGAUCCAUAUAGACAGUUCGAAUCUGAAGGUCCAUCACACUCUAUGUGGUCUGAAUUUCUGAAUGAAUACGAUUCUUCUAAUGGGUCUAAGAUAGGUACCUCAGUUAAUACGAAUGAUUUAUAUCCAGGGGAUAUAUGGGCUGAGUAUAAACAACAACUUGGAAACUACUCAGAUACAAAGGAAGAAUUAGAAAAAAAUAGACAUGAAGAUUAUUCUUCUCAUAGAUCAAGUAACAGUUAUCACCACAGAAGGUCGUCAUCUGAGAGAACGUCAAGUAGUUCUAGAUCUAAAUCAGCAUCAGAUAGCAGAGAAUCUAAAUAUAGCGGAAGAAAAGGAACUUCAAACGAAGAAUAUGACAGACGUCGUAAGGAAUCGAAAAUACUAGAACAAGCCUCCUCAAAACACAUCAGAGGAAUGAUUGACAAAUUAGGUAGUACAGUGAAUACAAGAGAUAUGUUCUACCUAUUUAACUGUCUGAUUAACCACGAAAGGAGGAAGUACAUUGAUAUGGAAGAGAUUACCAUGCUAUUUUGGGAUAGAACAGCAAAAUCUUAUGGUCUCCCAGAUUACUAUAAAAAUAGACAAUGGAUGAAAGCUUUUGACGGUAUGACGAAAGAGUUGUUUUAUACCGAGAAGAAGUUGUUCGAUAGACUAUACCACUUACUUCAACAUGGAUCAUGCUCACGCAGUGGAUUUAUUCAAUUUUUGAAAGAAGUUAAGUUUACGUGCCAUAGAAUGAGAAAAGAAAUGGAAAAUCAAUGGAAGCAAUAUUUGAGCAGCAAAGUGAGAGGGUUUUGGCAAUAA